AUGGCAAAUUCAACCUCUAGUAUAAGCUCAAAAAUGAUGAAGACUAAGAUGAUUGUGGGAAAGCUCAAGAAUCAUUUUCAAUUAAUUCACAAAUAUUCCAGUAGAUUUCAAGCUGUUGUGGAAUUUAUUGAAACGCCGAGAGCGAAUGAUGAAGAGGUGGUGCCAAAUGAUGUAAAAGAAGGUUACUUUGCUGUUUUUUCAGUCAAUCCAGAGGAGGAACCAAAGAGGUUUGUUGUGGAGCUGCAUUGGCUCACAAAUCCAAAAUUCUUGAAUUUACUGAAGCAAGCUGAAGAUGAAUAUGGUUUUGUACAAAAGGGUGUUCUUGAAGUUCCUUGUCGCGCUGAGGAAUUACAGAAGAUUCUGCAACACAAGAUUGGAAGGAAAAUCUCUGGUUUUGCGGUUUAA